AGCACUAAGGUAUGUACGAAGCGCGACGGCGAUUCUUACUUUAGUUCUAUUUCAUGUGUCCGCGCUUCAUGUUGUAUAUCCGUUUGACGAAGGGUGAUUAUUCUGCGUCUGAAAAAAAAUCAUAUAGCAUAACCAACGAACGUAAAAAAGUAACGACCAUCUAGUAACGACGACAACAAGAACGACACACCGCAGAAAAAUAGAAUAGCUGACAUUGACAAGAAUUUCAAUUGGAAUACAUUCUUUUUUUUUGGCGAAGUAAAAGGAGUAUAGUAAAAUGUGCAUGCGCUCAUCGGCAAUCUUCUAUCAAAUGAUUGCAGUUUUAAAUUGAAUAUAUUUCGUGAAUAGUUCGUUUUAUUUUAAAUGUGCAAACUCUAAGUAAAAUAAGAAGGAGAGUAAAAUUUCAAGAGUAUAAAAAAAUAGAUGAAAUAAAGAGUGACUCGAAUAAAACUGUUGACUCGAACAAAAUUUACCGGAUCGUAAAUUUUGGUGUUUUGGUGAUAUAAAAAGAGUGAGAGAGAAAGAAAAAAGAGAGACAGACAUGAAUGAGAAAAUCUAAAAUGUGUAAAAUUACGGUUCAGUUUGAGGUGUGAUAAAUGGCACACACAGAUUUACAGUGACAAUCUAUUUGACCGAAAAAUUCUUAUUUACAACAAUAACAGUCGACUGAAUCCAAGUGAUAGCACGCACAAGGUGACAUUUGUGUGUGAUUGCAAAUUUGAAACGUAGCGUUUCAAUUUGUUUGAGACAAAAAGAGAAAAAUAACUUAAGAAGAAAGAAGAAAGAAACAAAGCAAAAAAAAAGAAGAAGAAACAUUACAAUUUAGAUAUUAAUCGGAAAUUUUAUUUUAAUUUUUUGUGUAUACUUUUCUUUGGAAACCAUGAAUUGGAUACAUUACUUAGCGGCUUUAGCAUUCAUAACGAAUUGCCUUGUAUAUCAGGUACACGGGUCAGGUUUAUUUGAGCUGCGAUUAAAAUACUUUAAAAAUGACUAUGGAAAGGACGAAAAUGGUAUGUGUUGCAGUGGAAAAACGGAUCCGUCAACGAAUCAAUGCAUCGGAACAUGUAAAACACGAUUUCGAGCAUGUUUGAAACACUAUCAGGCCAAAAUCGAUACGCAAUCAGCGUGCACAUUUGGCGAUGUGGUGACACCAGUUUUGGGUGAAAAUUCGAUGAAUCUCACUGCGCUCAGCGAAAAUCUCAACUUUGUUAAUCCGAUUCGUUUUCCAUUCGAUUUCGGAUGGCCGGGUACAUUCACAUUAAUCGUUGAAGCCAUUCACGACGUCAACCAAACAGUUUCACGAUCACCGAAUGUGCUGAUUCAACAGCUAUCGAUUCAAAAAAAUUUAAGUGUAUCAUGGGAUUGGACGGGUGGUAGUCAUGAGUCAAAAUAUUCCAGCAUUCAAUAUGAUUAUCGUGUUACAUGUGAUUCGCAUUAUUAUGGUGUAAAUUGUUCUGAUCUAUGCCGGCCACGUGACGAUCAAUUCGGCCACUACAUGUGCUCAUCAAAUGGUACCAUUGUAUGCUUAUCCGGAUGGCAGGGUGACUAUUGUACCAGAGCUCGAUGUGCACCCGGUUGUAACGAACAGCAUGGUCAAUGUAAUACACCAAACGAAUGCACAUGUAAAGCAGGUUGGAAGGGUGCCCAUUGCGAUCAAUGUGAACCGUAUCCAAAUUGUCUUCACGGAACUUGUCAAAAUCCAUGGGAAUGCCGUUGCAAAGAAGGUUGGGGUGGAUUGCUGUGCAACCAAGAUUUAAACUACUGCACAAAUCAUCGACCUUGCCAAAAUGGUGGCACUUGCUUCAAUACUGGUCCUGGAUCAUAUACCUGUAAUUGUCCGCCCGGUUUUACGGGCGAAGAUUGUGACAUCCAAAUGGAAAGUUGUGUGGAUAAUCCAUGUUUGAAUGAUGGAACCUGUAUAGACGAUCCAUUUCGUAAAUACUACCGAUGCGAAUGUCCAAACGGAUGGUCAGGCAAACAUUGUGAAGAGAAAACUGUAACAUGCGCCGAUAAACCAUGUAUCCAUGGCAGUUGUAGCGACACAUCAAAUGGUAUGAUUUGCACAUGUACGGCUGGCUACAGUGGCAAAUUUUGCGAUCUUCAAAUGAACGAAUGCAAACCGAAUCCAUGCAAAAAUAAUGGAAAAUGCACAAACAUUGAAAAUGGUUUUAAAUGCGACUGUCCGAUGGGUUUUAUUGGUGAAACAUGUGAAGUGAAUAUUGACGAUUGCGAUGGAAAUGUGUGCAUGAAUGGUGGCACAUGCAUUGACAUGGUGAAUCAAUAUCGAUGUAAAUGCGUGCCGGGAUUUAUUGGAACACGAUGUGAAAAUAAAGUCGAUUUAUGUUUGACAAAACCAUGCGCAAAUGGUGGUUCAUGCAUAAGCACUAACAACGACUAUCGAUGUACAUGUCGUCUAGGUUUCACCGGUAAAGAUUGCAGCAUUGACAUUGAUGAAUGCAAAUCUAUGCCAUGCAAAAAUGGCGGAACUUGUGUAAAUCGGGUGAAUAGCUAUCAAUGUGUUUGUCCAGGUGGUUUUCGUGGUCAACAAUGCGAAGAUGAAGCAUCACAUGUCUCAACGACUCAAGCUCAUCAACUUCAUCCAAAUGAUGGACUCAGCAAAGGACAAGUGGCGCUUAUCGCAAUUUUAUCAAUUGCCAUGCCAAUGGUGGUCAUUGUUGCCGCAUGUGUUGUAUAUUGUAUGAAACGUAAGCGAAAGCGUGAUCAAGAAAAAGAGGAUGCCGAAGCUCGUAAACAAAAUGAACGAAAUGCAACAGCCACACUUCAUCAUGCAAAUUCAAUAAAUUCAUCGAAACGAAGCUCCAGCACUGGUCUUACAUUUGAUAAUAGCAAUCCAACAAUUAUAAAAAAUACAUGGGAUAAAAGUGUAAACAAUAUUUCGAGUUCGGCAAGUGUUGAUGAAUGUUUGAUGAAUACUAGUUGCUAUGGUACGAAUUGUAAUGAAACCGAUUAUUUUUCAUCGUCGACCGCGGCUGCAGCUGGCACACAAUGUGCGCCAUUACAACGGGCCAAAUCACAAAAACAAUUAAACACCGAUCCAUCGUUAAUGCAUCGAGCCUCACAAAUAAUACACACAAAGGACUACAUGAACGGAACGAAUGGCGAUCACAAAAGGAUAUCGUACAUUGGCAAUGGUAGCAAUUGCAGUAAUGGUAAUACAUCAAAUUGUAUGGCCAGCGAUGCUCUGCUAUGUUAUACACCCGCCUCAACAUCACCGCGAAAACCAUUUGGCCUUUGUAAUCCAUCUCAUAUGUAGUGCUGUGCUAUUAAUAUAUAAUAAUUUAAAUUGAUAAAUCACCCAACUUAAAAUUUAAACAAAAAAAAACUAAAAAAAAAAAACAAUGCAACAAUCAAUGCAUUCAGAGAAAAAAAAAAUCAGAAAAAUAACAGAUAAUUUAAUGGACACAAUUUAGUUUUAGAGGGAAUAAUAAUUUAAAGGCGACUAUAAAUAAGAAAGAACAAAACUGCGAAUUAAAAGAAAAUAAACAUUUCUAGUUUUUUUACCACAAUAUUGCUUUCCAUGAUGAUAUGCAUAUUUUCCAUAAAAUGUUGUACCGAAACAUUUUUUUUUCUUCAUUUGUAAAAUCGAAUUUCUAACUCAAUAGGAAGACUUAAACGAACGAAAACUUAAGCAAAAUGCAUUUAGUGUAAUUUGAUAAAAAGAAAAUUAGAUAUAACCAACCAAUAACAAAUUGUAAUUGAUUAUUCGAGUAUAUGGGACAGACCGAAAGAAAUGGAAGGAGAUGGAUAGAAGAGUGAAUGAGUGAAAGAGAAUUUGAGUAUAUUGAAUGACAUAGAGAUUGAGAAAGAGGGAGAAUGCAACCUCGCCUUUAAAAUUAGUACUAUAAGAAAAAAAAUUGUAUUCAUUAAAAAAAAAAAAAACAUUUUGAUUCAGACUGCACGGAUAGAAAAUACUGUAUAUGUUAUGAGAAAAAGAAAUUAACACUUUUUUCCAAUUGUAUUUAGAAGCAAUGUAAAAAUUGUAGAAAAAAACCUUUAACUCGUCAAAUUUUACAAUACUUUUUGUCACACUCAAAUCGAGUCAAAUAAAUUCAAAAAAUCAGAUACAAAUUAACACAACAAGUAGACAAAAUACAUAUUAACGAAAAAAGACGAACGAAAUGCGCUCAAAUUUUGUAUUAUUGACUUUUUGCAAUAAAAUGGAGUACAGGCGUAAUAUGUUUGUGGUGAAAAUAUUCAAAAAAAAAAAAAAAAAACAAUGUUAUUAUCUCUCGGUGUGUUAAAAGUCAGCGGCACGCAUUUAAAUUUUUCUAAAGAAAAAAAAGUAACAUAUGAAUUAAGCGAAGAAUACAAGUAUCUCUAUGAUCAAACCAAAUUUAGCGGAUAGAAAAAUUGAAUAAGAUAAAGUAAUGCAAAAGCGUGGAUAAAUCGUGUAGAGAUCAAUCGAAAAUCGAUAGAUUCUUUCUUCUUCUUUCAUCGUUUGCAUUCUCUGGUCAAAACUGACAAAAGAGCCACAAAAAAAAUAAUAAUUUUGUGAACGAAGGGCAUUCACACCAUACAGUCAUGUGUGUUUAACUAUUUCACUAUGCACAGUAUGAUGAUGACGAUAAAAGAGUGAAAGCAUUGUUAUUUACAUAGAAGGAAAAAUAACUGCUCACAAGAAAAAAAGAAAAAAAAAGAGAAACUGAAAAAAGUUUUACAUUUUAAGUCAUUGUCAGGUUAAUUUAUUCUCUAAUAUAUUUCUCCUCUUUUUUAUAAAUUUUAAUUUAAAUACUAUCGCAUUAUUAUUAUUUUUUAAAUUUAAUUAUUAUUACAUUAUUAUUUUUUUAAAAUUGCUAAUAUGCCACGAUCGUAGGGUGUAAGCGAAUGUAAAUACUAUUUGCUAAAGAAUUUUUUUAUGUAAUGUCCGAUAAAUACUAUUUCCGAACAAUUUUAACUGAUUUUUAAAACGAAAUUGGAUUUAGAAUUGACUCAAUGCUCGAUUGAAAUUCGUACGUUCCAUUUGUGAAUUUGAAAAGAAAAAAAUAAGUCCAUCUAAUUGCCAAUAUUCACACCGAUUGCAUAAAAACCUGAAUCAUUUUUUUAAUAUAUAUAUAUCAUUGUGAUUAUAUUUUAUUUAUAUUAAUUUCAUCCAAGCUUAGGAUUUCAUUGCAGAAAUAUACAUAUUCAGCUAGUUAAAUCCACAACUCAAUUUAUGAACUACUACAUACUAGAUACAGUUCUCUUUUUUUAUGGGCAAAGACAUCUAAGUCAGAACAUUUAAAUCAUGAAUAUUUUCGAUUGAAUAAUUACUAUGUUUCAAUUUAGAGAGAGAGACUCAAGUUGUUUUGUAUAAUGCAGCGCAUGUGCGCGUGAUCGAAUCAUUAUAUCGCACUGUUUGUUAAUUAUUUAUUCAAUUAUUUGUGCUAUAGUAAUGGCCAUACAAUUUUCCAAUAGUUAAAAUGCAGUUUGAUGCUUGAAUCACAAUAAUCAACACAACCGACAAUAUCAAUUUGUUGCACCGCAUUUCUUUUUUGUUUCUGUACUAUUCAGACCUCACUUACAUUACAUAUGUAGAACAGCAAAUCAAAUAAAAAAGAAAAUGAAAAAAAAAAAACAAAUGUUAAACGCAAUUAAGAAACAUAAGUAAUUCAUAUUUUGUACCGCGAUUUUUCCUUUUUUUUUUGAAAAUCAAUUUAAUAUUUAAAAGUGAGUAUUUAUACUAUGAAAUUCAUCAGGAGAACAGGUCGAAAUAGAUACUCUGUAA